AGAAACACACUCACAGGCUGGUUUGGUCGCAUGCGUGCAAAGGAGCGCUCUCUCUUGCGGAGAGAAAGUUAUACACAGGAGCAGCCAAGGUCCGAGCGAGCGAGCGAGCGAGCGAGCGGGUGUGAGGAGCACCCAGCAGCCACGUCCACCUCCUGGCCCGGGGAUGGCGCUUCCCGCUGGCAGGCACGCAUAGCAGCCAGAGAUGGCCCCGGACAUGUGGCUGUUCUCUGCCAUCCUUGGAUUGCUGUCGGCAGCCCUCUCAGGUCACCCGACUCCAACCCCAUACGGCCAGCCCAACACCAGCAGCACAGAGACCCAGCCCUUGGAGUCAGGAGAGCCGCUCGGGAUCCGCCUGGUGAAUGGGAGCAGCCACUGCAGCGGGACGGUGGAGGUCUGGAUCCGGCAGUCGUGGGAGCCCGCGUGCGGGGCGUUCUGGAACCACAAUGCCACCGAGGCCGCGUGCCGCGCGCUGAGCUGCGGCGGGGCGGGGGCAGCCGUCCAGCCCACCCUGCCGCCCUCGGAGCUGCCGCCUGGUCCAGGCGCGGGGAACGCCAGCGAGGCCCCGAACGCCACACUGGCCCUGGCGCCCGCCGUCCUGUGCAGAGGGCCCGAGUGGCCACUCUGCGACGUGGUGGAGCGUCCGUGCGACAGCGACAGGCCAGCUGAGGUCACCUGCGCAGAGAACCGCGCGGUGCGGUUGGUGGGCGGCAGCGGUCCGUGCGCCGGCCGCGUGGAGAUGCUAGAGAGCGGCCAGUGGGGGUCGGUGUGCGACGACACGUGGGACCUGAAGGACGCCCACGUGGUGUGCCGGCAGCUGAACUGCGGCUGGGCGGUCCAGGCCCUGCCCGGCCUGCACUUCGCGCCCGGCCAAGGACCCAUCCACCGGGACCAGGUGAACUGCUCGGGGACCGAGGACCACCUGUGGGACUGCCGUGGGCUGCCAGGAAACGGCUACUGCGGUCACAAGGAGGACGCCGGCGUGCUGUGCUCAGAGCACCAGUCCUGGCGCCUGACUGGGGGCGCCGACUCCUGCGAGGGGCAGGUGGAAGUACAUUUCCGUGGGGUCUGGAGCACAGUGUGUGACAGUGAGUGGUACUCCUCGGAGGCCCAGGUGCUCUGCCGGACCUUGGGCUGUGGGACCGUGGCCACAAGACUCCAGGGGCUGCCCCAUUCCCUGUCGGGGAAAAUGUACUACUCAUGCAAAGGGGAGGAGCCCACCCCCUCCGAUUGCUUCUGGAGGUUCAACAACCCCUAUCUCUGCAGACAGUCGAGGGCAGCCAGAGUCCUCUGCUCAGGCUCCCGAAGUCUGCUCAAUCUGUCCACUUCUGAAGCCCCUGCAAGCGUUCAGCCGGUCGCUGUGGAACCUACUAUGAUCCAGAAAGCAGAAGCCUGGAAAUCGCGAGAACUAAUGCUUUUCAUCCUCUGCAUCAUUCUGGGAAUUCUCCUCCUUGGCUUACUCAUCUCCACAGCCUUCAUCUUCUUGAAAGUUAAAGGAAAAUACGCCCUGCCCAUUAUGGUGAACGACCAGCACCCACCCACCACCACCCCAGAGGGUAUCAAUAGCUAUCAAGAUGUUCCCAUCACCAUUUCCAAAGAAGAAGUUCCCAAGCUGCCCAUCCAGGUCCAGGCCCUACCCCCCAAGGACUCGGACUCCAGCUCGGACUCAGACUAUGAGCAUUAUGACUUCAGCGCCCAGCCUCCCGUGGCCCUGACCACCUUCUACAAUUCCCAGCGGCACCGGGUCACGGAGGAGGAGAUCCAGCAGAGCAGGUUCCAGAUGCCUCCCCUGGAGGAAGGACUUGAAGAGACGAGUGCCUCCCAGGUCCCAUCCGCCAGGGCUGGACACUACGUCGCAGACACGCCCUCCCUGGGCUCUCAGCGCCACCCAGGAAGCAACAGGGGGUCCAGCACGUCCUCCGGGGAGGAUUACUGCAACAGCCCCAGUAGCAGGCUACCUCUGUGGACCCCUCAGGUGUUUUCUCCAGAGAGGAGCCCCUUCUUGGAGCAGCCCCCGAACUUGGAGCUGGCUGGCUCCCAGGCUACCUUUUCAGGGCCCUCGGCUGACGACAGCUCCAGCACCUCCUCCGGGGAGUGGUACCAGAACUUCCAGCCUCCCUCGACGGACCAGUUUCAGUAUCCAAGUGCCAGCGGCAGGGGAGGAUCCCCCAGGCCCCAGCCUGGUUCCACUGGCAAUGAGGACUAUGACGACAUCGGGGCAUCCUAGGCCGGGCCCACGAGAGGCUCCGGCGACUCCCUUCCGCUGGACUCCUGCUCUACCUGUCCCCGCUCUCCCACCCCGUCCUCCCAGCUCGCCACCCCCCCAGGGGGCUGAGAAGCCUCCCCGGGAGAGAUGCAAGGAAAGCCCUCACCUUGCACCGCUCAGUCUCCGUCCAUCAAACAGAAGCUGCUGGCCCAGCCCUCCCCCGGCCCCAAACAGCCACAAGGUGGAGGGUGCUGCCUCGGAGAGGUGGUGAGCUCUCCGUCUCAAGGAUGAACGAGCCGCCUGGGCCACCUCUCAGCAGGCUGCAAGGAGGGGCUGAGCUGAAUGACUCCUGAGGCCCCUUCGGGUCCUCGGGCGUCUACGAUGCGUUUGCUUCCCCGGGUUCUCAGACAACUCCGGGCCCAGAGGUGCUGAGAGAACAGAAACAGGCCCCGUCCCAGCGCUGCCCAGGGACGCCCCAUGUGCAGGGGCUGCUGGGCUGCUUCGGCAGGUGGAUUCUAGGCCUGGGGGUGGCACACCCACUGGCCCAGGUUGGCAAGGACCCGGGCACGGAGUCCAGCCUUCCUGGGAACCGCCAGCUGACCGCGAGCGGGACGACUGCCCCUCCCCCACGACCAAGGUGCUGGCACCCGCAGCCAGCCCUGCCUCUAGAGACCCUCGGAGCCCACCGGGGCACAGCCCUGUUCUGCGGUGACCGUCCCUGGACAGAAGAUCCUUAUUCUAAGCUUCCCAUGGCUUACGACGAUGACCCUAGCCCAGCUCCCCCAUAGACCCAGAGCUGGGCGCCAGUGCCCACGGCAACAGGAGGGGCCCAGAGGCUGUGCGAAGUACCUCGCGCCCAUCUGUCUGCUUGGAUUGCUGGGAGCUUCCCCGAGGAGCCCAGGAAUACACAGUGUCGCACCCAGAGCCACAAACACGUCCCGGCAGCCUCCAGAGAAAGGCCCGAGGGCUCGGGGCCGGCUGCUGGUGUCCUGUUCCGAGUGUCCUGAGAUUAAAGUAAUUGCUGAAUAAAAAUGGGGCAUUGAGUGACAA